UGCCCGCGCCCCCUCCCGCUGCUGCUGCUCACGCCCCCCGUCGGGGACGCCGCGGUGAUCACCGGGGCCUGCGACAAGGACCCCCAGUGCGGUGGAGGCAUGUGCUGUGCUGUUAGUAUCUGGGUUAAGAGCAUACGGAUUUGCACACCUAUGGGCAAAGUGGGCGACAGCUGCCACCCUCUGACGCGCAAAAACCAUUUUGGAAAUGGAAGGCAGGAAAGAAGAAAGAGGAAGAGAAGAAAAAGGAAAAAGGAGGUUCCAUAUUUUGGGCGGAGGAUGCAUCACACUUGUCCAUGUCUGCCAGGCUUGGCCUGUUUACGGACUUCAUUUAACCGGUUUAUUUGUUUAGCCCGAAAGUAAUCACUGUAGACUAGAAACUUCGAGUGCAAACAGCCACAUGACGUCUGUACAGUCUUACUUGUGACCAUGCCAAACAAAUAAGAUGCCAGGAAGAAACGCUCUCUCUUCCUCAACUUUCCAAGUAACGUUUUGAUUUUUCAAUGAUUUUUCUUUUUAAUUGAAAGGGCAUUAACAUUUGGAUAGAAACACAUAGCAUUAUGGAACCAGGGCUUGUUUCCCUGCCUGUGUUUUGGUUUGGUUUGGCUUUUGUUGUGCCCACAACUUAGCCAUUUUCACAAAAAUAAGGAGAAUGCGAAUUCGAUAUUUUGGUGCAGUAACAUUUUCUUCUUCUUACCACUUCCCCACCGCUGUCCCUGUCCCAUACACCCAACCCUUUGGUCUCUUGUCUAUUUAGCCUCAAAGAAUUCUAAUAUCUUCCCUUUAUUCCUCAUCUCCUUCCUCAUGCCUGUAGCAUUUCAAAGUGGAGGACCCAUAUUCUUCAGCUUGCUGGAAGGAUCACUGAUGAGAAUCAGGCGUUUUGCCUGAUACUUAAGCAGUGAAAAGAGUGUGCAUAAUUGAGCUAGGUAUUCCCAACUCUCUUAGCAGAGGGGAGGUUGGGAGUGCUUCCGGAACGUCCCUAAACCUGUCUGUGCAAGUGGACUUCAGCUCUGCUUUUGGAGGACAGGAAGAAUGGGAAGCCAAAUUAACUUUGUUCAGAUUUAUACAUUUGGAUUAUUUAUAUAUGUAUGACUUCUUUUCCAAUACAGUAUUACAUUGAUAACUUUUUCUUUAUUUUUAAAAAAGUCUCCUUAUUAGAGAUGUUCUAAGAAAUGUCACUUGAAGAGGAAGUGUUGAUUUAAUCUGGCACACUAGUUACCACUUUUAAAUUGGUAUCAAGUUAUAAUUUAAACUUUAUUUGUAACCAGAAGGUUGAUUGUAAUGGAUCGCUUGACAUCCUGCCAUUUGUAUACCUGUAUCAAUAUUGCUGUGCAAGAAUUCUGUAUCAGAAUAAUGACAGUACUGUAUACCAUUUGAUUUAUUUUAAUAUUAUAUCCUUAUUUUUGUCACGGUUGUUGUCAGUUUUUAUUAAAAUCAGAUUUCUAUAAAGACCACAUCCUAACAUGGGUUGAAACUCCCAAGUUGGUCAAAGAGCCCUAGCAGCCUGUGCAUUGUCGUUUUUCAUACAAGAAGCUUCUGUGUGCACGGAUUUUAAGGUAGAACAACAAAAGAUGUGUAAGCCACUGAGGUUUUGGAGCGUGAGGGAAAACUACGACAUGCAAAACCGAUUGUCAUCAGGAAUGGACUUGUGGGAUUUCACUGUACUGGUUCAGCAAACAGUGACAGAGGGGGUGUGGUGGGCAGUUAGUCAGGGCUGGCACUAACCAUGUAGUGACGCCUAUGUGGUCUGGCCCUGGAAAACCUACGAAGUAUUGUAAAUGGAGUCAAUGUCGCAAAUAAACAACCUAUGAAACGUGUUGAACUGAAAAAAGAAUAAAGAAAGUUGUCCAUUCCACAGUUAUUUUAUUCAGCUAGGGCUUACAAUGGCAUGUUAUAUGUAAUUUUACCCUUUGGGAUAACAUGUCCCAUGUGGGAUUUUGCUGUACUAAUUACCGUACUUGG